AUGGUCCCCCUCCCCGAAAUCCAAACCCAAACCUCCCAUUUUCUACGCACCCACCCCGCCCCCCUCAUCGCAGUCUUUGUCGGCGGUACCUCCGGAAUCGGUACCCACACUGUCCUCGCCCUCGCUUCUGCCCACGCCAAAAACAGUACUCAACCGCUUCUCAUCUUUAUCGUUGGAAGAAAUAAAGAUGCAGCGACGAGGAUAAUCGCCGAAUGUAGGGAGCUUUGUCCUCAUGGAGAUUUUCGCUUCGUGCAAGCGAGAGAUUUGAGUUUGUUAAGGGAUGUGGAUCGUGUUUGUGAGGAGAUUAGAGGGAAAUUAGAUGGGCGAGAAAAGGAAAAAGGGGAGAAAGGUCAGAUUGAUUUGUUGGUCAUGACGCAGGGAGUUCUUACAUUUUCUCAGAAUGCAACAAAUGAAGGUCUCGACUCCACUUACUCCCUCAUGUACUACUCUCGCAUGCGCUUCAUCAUACAACUCCUCCCACUCCUUAUUCGCUCGCCCCUGCCCAACCGCGUUAUUUCAAUCCUCAACUCCAAACUCCAUGGUAAACUCAUCCCCGAAGAUCUUUCUCUUCGAAAUCAUAGUAUUCUCCGCUAUGCUUCUUCGCAUGUAUGUUGGAUGACGACGUUCUUUAUGGAGAAAAUCGCCGAGGCGAAUAGGGGGAAAAUUAGUCUGAUGCAUGUUUAUCCGGGGGUGGUGAUGACUGAUAUGUUGGAGAAGGGGACGGUACCCAGGUGGUUGAAGUGGAUGUGGAAGUUCGGAGUCGGACCGAUGAUAAGAUUUUGGGAGACGAAGGGGGAGGUGUGUGGAGAGAGGAUUUUGUGGCUGAUGAGCGAGAGGUGGAGAUCGAGGGCUUUGACAAAAGAUGGGGAAGAGAUGGAAAUGGAGGCGGGGAAGAGGGGAGAUUGUUUGCAAGAUGUUGAGUUGGAAAAGGCGGUAGAUGGUUCGCCGGGUGGGGGUAUGUAUAAUGUUGGAUCUGUGGGAGAAAGAUAUCCAACACCGAAGAUGUAUAAUAAGUACAAGGAAGAUGGAGUUUCUAAGGUGAUAUGGAAACAUACUAUGGAUGCUUUUAGAGUGAUUGAAGAGGGAGGUAUUUUUCAAGGUUGA